GCUGACCGCUGAGUGUUCGAGUGGACCGACCCCACUUGUCAGACGCCGGCGAUCCGAACACCCCCCGAUUCAACCUCCCCUCACCCCUCCACCUCCGCCCCACCGCCAGCCCCAGCUCCGGCGAUGGACGCGGCGGCAGCUCCGGGCGCCGCGGCGGGAGGGCAGCAGCAGCAGCAGCAGCAGCCCGCGCCUCCCCGGGCGGAGCGGCUCAACGGGGAGGUGCAGAGCCAGCUGAACCUGGAGGGCAUGCGGGCGCGCGCGGUGGGGCUCUACAAGGCCAUCUCCCGCAUCCUCGAGGACUUCGACGCCAUCGCCCGCGUCAACCCCAGCGGAUCCCCCAAGUGGCAGGACGUGCUCGGGCAGUUCUCCAUGGUGAGCAUGGAGCUCUUCAACAUCGUGGAGGACAUCAAGAAGGUGAACAAGGGCUUCGUCGUGUACCCCAGGAACGUCAACGCCGAGAACGCUGCAAUACUGCCUGUAAUGCUGUCGUCAAAGCUCUUACCGGAGAUGGAAGUUGAGGAAACUACAAAGAGGGAACAGUUGUUGUCUGGAAUAACGAAUCUGCCCGUGCCUUCUCAAAUGGAAAAGUUAAAGGCUCGGAUAGACAUGAUUGCGAAUGCGUGUGAAACUGCUGAGAGAGUAAUCGCCGAGUGCCGUAAGACUCAUGGUCUAGGAGCCCGUCAGGGGGCAAAUCUUGGUCCUAUGUUAGAUAAGGCACAAGCUGCAAAGAUACAGGAGCAGGAAAGUCUACUUAGAGCGGCAGUAAAUUAUGGUGAAGGAUUGCGGGUAUCGGGAGACCAAAGGCAGAUGCAUUCAUCUCUUCCUAGCCAUCUAAUGGAAGUACUUGCUACUGGAGACGGGGCUCAUAAUUUUGGUGAUAAUUCUGGCGCCUAUCCCAAAAAUACACCAGCAUUUUCACCUAAUAAUGUCAACGCCCAGGGAAAUCCAAUGCAGGCAUCUGGAGGACAAUUACUUGGCAGAUCUGCUCCAUCGCCUGGAACUGCCGGAACCCCUAAUUUUGAAAAUGUGUCUACUCCUCCAAUGCCAUAUGCUAACUCCCCUAGGUCAGGCACCAAUAUGAUGAAUACCCCUUCACCACAGCAACAUCUGACACCACAGCAGCAGAGGCAAAAGCUGAUGCAAGCAUCUCAGCAACAGCAGCAGCAGCUGAGGCCAUCAGCUGCUGGGAUGCUAGCACAGAGCUCGGUUCCUCAGUUACAAGAUCUACAGGGACAAGCUCAACAAAAAGUACAGGUUGCUGGCCAACAGCAGAUGCAGUACAGCCAAGCACAAGCCUUGUCACAGUUUCAGAAUAGGCAGAUGCAGGCUGCACGCAUGCAGCCAGGCAUGUCUCAGAGCCAAUUGAACCAAGGAAAUCAGUUGAGAAGCCAUUUGGGCCAGUUCACUGGAGCUGCAAACAGUGCAAUGUUUACUGCUGCACAGGCAUCUUCAAACUCACAAAUGAUGGCAAACAUACCUGGGACUAUGCAAACAAUGCAGUCACAGUCAAUGAUGCCGCAAAUGCAGCAGUUUGGUUUGACUGGUGGGCAUCCUCAGAGGAGUCAUCAAAUGAUGACCGACCAAAUGUACGGUAUGGGAGGUGCAAAUACCACGAGCAUGAUGGGAAUGCAAAUGCAGCAGCAGCAGCAGCAGCAGCAGCAGCAGCAAGGGCUAUAUGGGAACAUGCAAGGUGGCGGUCAGAGCUUGCAGCAGCAGGGCAUGGUGGGCCUUCAGAACCAGCAGCAGAACCAAAUGCAAGGAGGCGGUCAGAGCUUGCAGCAGCAGGGCAUGGUGGGCCUUCAGAACCAGCAGCAGAACCAAAUGCAGAACCAGAUGCAAAACCAGAUGCAGAAUCAGAUGCCGAACCCGAACUUCUCCCAGCAGAGGCAGCAAAACCAGCAAUGAUUCAUUCAAGCGGGCUGACCAACCGUGUGUUGCCAAGGCGAGGCACGGGUUCCUGGCCAGAGUCGAGACAGUAUUUUCGGCUGGACGAUGUUACUCCUGACGACGCAUCGUUGUGCCUUCCCUGUGUGCAGUAAUGGCACGGGCUACCGACGAUUCACCAUUGGUUUUGCUCGCGUCCAGUGGCUGUGCACCGUGCAAGUAGUCAUGAUUGUUCGUCAUCGUUGUAAAUCGGCGUUAGAUGCAUCAGCUAGAGUAGCCCGCGGGCUGGAAUUCGUUGCAAACUAUGACGUGCUCGGAUAUGUAUGUACUGCGCUGCAACUUAUGAUGCGUGCUUGGAUAGGCGCAUGCUUCGGUCUAAAAUACAGUAUAACCUCAAGUCCUGAAUUCUGAUCCA